CCUGUGUGCGGCGGCGGCGGCGGCGGCGGUGGCGCCUUCUGGGCUCCGGCUCCGGCUUCUGCUGUUACUCCUCUCUGCCGCGGCACUGAUCCCCACAGUCCAACUUGACCAGCCCUCCUAUCUCCCUGCUGCUUCCUACUGCUUCUUGGCAAGGACCCUUUUGAGGACUCACUGACAUCUGAUCCACGGCUGCCUCCCAGAGCAGGACCACCAGGAGAUGCAUGUCUGAGGUGCAUUUCUGGAAGUUGAAGCCUUUACCACAAGGCCUGAAAGAUCUGGAGCACAUAGGGGUGGGAGAGCCCUUUGAAGAAGGUGAUGGACAGAAUUUGUUUACGAAAGACGUGACAGUUAUCGAGGGAGAAGUUGCAACCAUCAGCUGCCAAGUCAAUAAGAGUGAUGACUCUGUAAUUCAACUACUGAAUCCCAACAGGCAGACCAUUUAUUUCAGGGACUUCAGGCCUUUGAAGGACAGCAGGUUUCAGUUGCUGAAUUUUUCUAGCAGUGAACUCAAAGUAUCAUUGACAAAUGUCUCAAUUUCUGAUGAAGGAAGAUAUUUUUGCCAGCUCUACACUGACCCCCCACAGGAAAGUUAUACCACAAUCACAGUCCUGGUCCCUCCACGUAAUCUGAUGAUCGAUAUCCAGAAAGACACAGCCGUGGAAGGCGAGGAGAUUGAGGUCAACUGCACUGCCAUGGCCAGCAAACCAGCUACGACUAUCAGAUGGUUCAAAGGGAACAAGGAGUUAAAAGGCAAAUCGGAGGUAGAAGAGUGGUCAGACAUGUACACUGUGACUAGUCAGCUAAUGCUGAAGGUACACAAGGAAGAUGAUGGGGUCCCUGUGAUCUGUCAGGUGGAGCACCCUGCAGUCACCGGAAACUUGCAGACCCAGCGGUAUCUAGAAGUACAGUAUAAGCCUCAAGUGCAUAUUCAGAUGACUUACCCUCUACAAGGCCUAACCCGGGAAGGGGACGCGCUUGAGUUAACAUGUGAAGCCAUCGGGAAGCCCCAGCCUGUGAUGGUAACUUGGGUGAGAGUCGAUGAUGAAAUGCCCCAACACGCUGUACUGUCUGGGCCCAACCUGUUCAUCAAUAAUCUGAACAAAACAGAUAAUGGUACCUACCGCUGUGAGGCCUCAAACAUAGUGGGGAAAGCUCACUCGGAUUACAUGCUGUAUGUAUACGAUCCCCCCACAACUAUCCCUCCUCCCACAACAACCACCACCACCACCACCACCACCACCAUCCUUACCAUCAUCACAGACACAACGGCGACGACAGAACCAGCAGUUCACGAUUCUCGAGCAGGUGAAGAAGGCUCGAUAAGGGCAGUGGAUCAUGCUGUGAUUGGCGGGGUCGUGGCCGUGGUGGUGUUCGCCAUGCUGUGCUUGCUCAUCAUUCUCGGGCGCUAUUUUGCCAGACAUAAAGGUACAUACUUCACUCAUGAAGCCAAAGGAGCCGAUGACGCAGCAGACGCAGACACAGCUAUAAUCAAUGCAGAAGGAGGACAGAACAACUCCGAAGAAAAGAAAGAGUACUUCAUCUAGAUCAGCCUUUUUGUUUCAAUGAGGUGUCCAACUGGCCCUAUUUAGAUGAUAAAGAGACAGUGAUAUUGGAACUUGCGAGAAAUUCGUGUGUUUUUUUAUGAAUGGGUGGAAAGGUGCAAGACUGGGAAGGCUUUGCUGUAUAAAAAAAUGUUCUUUGAAAAGUACACUCUGCUGUUUGACACCUCUUUUUUUGUUUGUUUGUUUGUUUGUUUGUUUUUGAAUUUUUAUUUCUUCCUACCAAGUCAAACUUGGAUGCUUGGAUUUAGUUUGGAUAGAUUGCAGAAAAUUCUGUGCCUUGUUUUUUGUUUGUUUGUUGUGUUCCUUUUUUUUUUUUCUUUGUGCUCAUAUAUUUUUCCCAAAAUUUUUUUUUCCCAAAAUCUUCCAUUUUGGAAUUUGCCUGCUGGGAUUCCUUAGAAUCUUUUCCUCCUUAUUUUGCUAUUGUUUUUACUUUUUUGUUCAUUGUUGAAGUAACUGCUUUCUGUUCAAAAUUCAGUUUCAUGAAAGGAGAACCAGCACAGCUUAGAUUUCAUAGUUCAGAAUUUAGUGUAUCCAUAAUGCAUUCUUCUCUGUUGUUGUAAAGAUUUGGGUGAACAAACAAUGAGAACUCUUUGCUGCUGCCCAUGUUGCAAAUACUUAGAGCAGUGAAGACUAGAAACUUAGACUGUGAUUCAGAAAAUGUUCUGUUUGCUGUGGAACUACAUUACUGUACAGGGUUAUCUGCAAGUGAGGUGUGUCACAAUGAGGUUGAAUCUGUCUUUAAUUCUGUAUUUGUAGACGGCUCAGUAUAGAUACCCCACGCUGUCCAGAAAGGUUUGGGGUGGAAAGGGCUCCUCCUUUUUCAAUGCCCUAAACAGACCUGACAGUGAGGGCUGUUCCUUUUACAUAAGUGGACAAAUUUGAGUUGCCACAGGAGGGGAAGUAGGGAGGGGGGAAAGAUAGUUCUGCUCUGGUUAUUUCUGUUCCAAAUGAUUCCAUCACCUUUCCCAAUCGGCCUUACUUCUCACUAAUUUGUAGGAAAAAGCAAGUCCGUGUGGUGGGCAAAGGACUGAAUGGGACAGGUUUUUUUUCCUUUGUGCUUAGUUAGGAAGGCGGUAGGAUGUGGCCUGCAUGUACUGUAUAUUACAGAUAUUUGUCAUGCUGGGAUUUCCAACUCAAAUCCAUGUGAAAAUUUCCUUCCUUCAGAUUUGGCUUGACAAAGGCAGGAGGUACAAAAGAAGGGCCAGUAUUGUUCUCACACUGGUCUGCUGUCAAUCUCAGUUCUCAAAAGGUCAGAGCAGAGGUGGAAAAACAGCAUGUAGAGGUUUUCAGUUACUUAAUCAAAACUCAAAUGUGAGUGUUUUUAUCUUUUUACCUUUCAUACACUAGCCUUGGCCUCUUUCCUCAGCCUUAAGAACCAUCUGCCAAAAAAUACUGAUCCUCGCAUGAUGGCAGCCAUAGUGCAUAGCUACUAAAAUACAUUACCGUGAACAUAUCUGAGAUGGGGAACCUUGGGAAAAAGUAGAGGAGUCGAGUUACUAUUUACAUUUUUUAAAGAAAUGUACGUCUAGGAUAUCUAGAAGUAGUCCUGAAGGACAAAAAACUAAACUCUUACCAUAUGUUUUGGUAAGGCUCCAGACUCCAGAAUACAGUCCCGAUGGAAAGAUGGCAUCAAAAAAGAUAGAUAUCUAUAUAUAAAAAUAUAUAUUAUAUAACAUUUUCAGUGAGUAAUUUUGGAUUUUGCAAGGUGCAUUUUUACUAUUGUUACAUUAUGUGGAAAACUUACGCUGAUUUAUUUAAAGGGGAAAAAGUGUCAAUUUUUUUUUUUGAAAGCGUGUUUAUUUUUCUUGUCUUUAUUUUAACCUUUGAUAGAACCAUUUGCAAUAUGGGGCCUUUUGGGAACGGACUGGUAUGUGAAAGAGAACCCAUAACGAGCAGCAUUUUGUUUUCCCCUCUCCUAUCCCAAGGCACUUAACCAAGACAAAAAGCCACAACGAACAUCCCUUUUUCAAUGAAUUUUAUAAUGUGCAGCUCUAUUCCGAGCCCUUAGCACCCAUUCUGACCAUAGUAUAACCAUAUCAAAGGAUGAGAACCAUUUAGCAUGUUGUUGACAGGUUUUUUCAGUUGUUCUUUUUAGGAAAAUAAAAAACAAAACCUAGCAUUACUCACAGAAUUGGCAUCUCAUUUUUGGGACCUCCCAUCUUUCUGUUUUGAAAAGUGUACAGUAGUGCAGUGUUCCUGAUGUAACUUUAUGGCUUACAAUGUUGACAUGUCUCAGGUUCAUGUGUUUCGAUUGGUGUUUUCCGUCUCAGGUAGAUUGCGAAGUGUAGGCCCCACACAUUGGAAAAAAUAAAAUAAAACAAAGCAAAAACAGGAAAUUAUGGAUUUUAGUUGUAUAUUGGUUUAUGUAUUUUUUUCUUAAGUAUACAGUGCACUGUUUGAAAUGUAUUGUUGAGUAUUACUUUGUACAGGUUGAUCACUUUUUUUAGAGUGAAGAAAGAACAAACUUGUUUUUUGUGUUUUUUAAAGGAAUAUAAAAUAAUGAAGGAUGUAUAAUUGAUGCCAAAUAAGCUUGUUCUUUAGUCACACCGACGUCUUAUUUUUCCCUUUAGGCCAGUUCUGUUUUUAAGGUGUACAUGAACAAUGUUACGGUGUAAGAAACUCCAUAUCCAUAUGUUCCCAUUCACAUUUUGUAUUGGUUCAUGUAUACCAUUUUUACAA